AUUUAUUACCUUAUGGCUUCUUAAAUGGACACUUUGAGAGUUUCAAUAUCUCCAAUGGCGCUGGGGAUUUCCUCUAGCUCAUGACAUUUGCAUACAAGAAGCCUCAAGCAAGGGAAAAGGCUGAAAAUCAGGGGUUUGAAAUAAGUAUUGCCAAAACGAGUUUCAAGGCCAACACCAAGGCCUUGGCUGAAAACGAAGGGGAAGGAGUCUGUCUCAUUUAUCUUCUUUUUGCUGCUAUACAAACGCGUGGUAACAUUACACGACUUGUGUUGAUAUACAGACCGGACACCGGUGAAAUUCUUGGCGUUCACAUUUUCGGGAUGCACGCUGCAGACCUCAUACACGAAGCAUCUGUUAGGAAAUACGUCUCACAACAUCUUUGAAAGUGGCACUUAAAUUGGUCAAUGAGCCGAGCCACAUGGGAUUAAAAUUAAGUGCUGUAUCUUGAGUGUGAGUAUAUAUACUCGAAUUUGGGAAUUCUCUGUGUAAAGAGCUUGAGGGAUCUCGGUCAAGAAGGCGAGCUGUUCUUGGUGAUCGAUUGGUCCUUGCAUUGGUUAGUUGAUUCAGCUACUGCGUUUUAGUUGAGAUUAACUAGAGAGAAUGUGGAAUUGAAUGUGUAGUCUCUGUAAUUGUAUACUUCUGUAGCUCUUCUCCUUCAUUAAUACAAUAUUGCUCGAGUUCUCCCGUGGACGUAGGCCACAUUAGCUGAACCACAUAAUUUGGUGUGUCGUUGAUUCUUGAGUUCGAUUACUGUUUAGUGUAGCUGUCAAUUGCUUAUAUUUGAUAACAAAUUGGCGCCGCUAUGUGGGAAUGACUGAUUUUGCAAUUGAUGAUGGCUGCCUCUCGAUUUGAUUUCGAGAAAUUCACGGGUAGAAACGAUUCUGGGUUAUGGAAGGUAAAGAUGAAAGCCAUGCUCGUGCAGCAAGGGCUGUGGGAGGCGAUGAAGUAUAAGCAACCAGAUAAAACUGCGGAUCUUGAAGAUAAAGCAGAAAUCAAGAAGCUCGACAUGAUGGAUAGAGCGCAUAGCGUGAUAAUGCUGAGUCUUGGAGAUCGGGUUCUUAGAGAAGUGUGUAA